AUGCCCGUGUCCAACCUGCUCUCGGGAAAGACCGCAAUCAUCACCGGCGGCACAACCGGUAUCGGGCGGGCCAUCGCGCUCGAGUACAUUCGCCAGGGGGCCAACGUCGUGGUCAACCAUCUGGACCUGCCCCGCGACCAGGCGCACCUGGACUCGCUGGUGAGCGAGGCGGCGGCCCUCAGGAGCGCAGACCCGUCGGCGGGCUCGCUCGACCACCUGCCGGGCGACGUGACGGACCCGGCGACGGGGGCGGCGCUGGUCGAGCGCGCGGUGGCCAAGUUCGGCGGGCGGCUCGACGUGUGCGUGUCCAACGCCGGCGUGUGCCAGUUCGCCGAGUUCCUGACGCUGGAGCCGGACCUGUUCUCGCGGACGGUGCGCACCAACCUCGACGGCGCCUUCUACACGGUGCAGGCGGCGGCGCGGCAGAUGGCGGCGCAGAGCCCACCCGGCGGCUCCAUCAUCGGCAUCUCGUCCAUCUCGGCCCUGGUCGGCGGCGGCCUGCAGACGCACUACACGCCGACCAAGGCGGGCGUGCUGAGCCUGAUGCAGAGCACGGCCGUGGCGCUGGGCAAGCACGGCAUCCGCUGCAAUGCCCUGCUGCCCGGCACCAUCAAGACCCAGCUCAACGACAAGGACCUCGAGGACGACAAGAAGCGCGAGUACAUGGAGGGCCGCAUACCGCUGGGCCGAACGGGCGUGACCAGCGAUCUGGCGGGGCCGGCCGUGUUCCUCGCCUGUGAGGAGUUGAGUGGCUACGUGACGGGUGCGCAGUUGCUAGUGGAUGGAGGGCUGUUUGUUAAUCUACAGUAG